AUGGACGCAGCUACUCUGACCUAUGACACUCUUCGAUUUGCUGAGUUUGAAGAUUUCCCAGAGACCUCGGAGCCAGUUUGGAUAUUGGGUAGAAAAUACAGCGUCUUCACAGAAAAGGACGAGAUCUUAUCUGAUGUGGCGUCCAGACUCUGGUUUACAUACAGGAAGAAUUUCCCAGCCAUUGGGGGGACCGGCCCCACCUCGGACACGGGCUGGGGCUGCAUGCUCCGCUGUGGACAGAUGAUCUUCGCGCAGGCCCUGCUGUGCCGGCACUUAGGCCGAGAUUGGAGGUGGACACAGCGGAAGAGGCAGCCGGACAGCUACUUCCACGUCCUCAACGCAUUCAUCGACAGGAAGGACAGUUACUACUCUAUUCACCAAAUAGCGCAAAUGGGAGUUGGCGAGGGCAAGUCGAUUGGCCAGUGGUACGGGCCCAACACAGUCGCCCAGGUUCUCAAGAAACUUGCUAUCUUCGACACGUGGAGCGCCCUGGCUGUCCACAUAGCAAUGGACAACACGGUGGUGAUGGAGGAUAUCAGAAGGUUAUGCAGGAGCAGCCUUCCAUGUGCGGAGGCCACUGCGUUUCCUGCAGAUUCUGAAGGGCACUGUAAUGGACUCCCUGUGGGAGCCGAGGUCACCAACAGGUCAUCACUGUGGAGACCCCUGGUGCUUCUCAUCCCCCUGCGCCUGGGGCUCACAGACAUCAAUGAGGCCUACGUGGAGACACUGAAGGGCUGUUUCAUGAUGCCUCAGUCCCUGGGAGUGAUUGGAGGGAAACCCAACAGUGCCCACUACUUCAUCGGCUAUGUGGGUAAGGAGCUCAUCUACCUGGACCCCCACACAACACAGCCAGCGGUGGAGUUCACUGACAGUUUCUUGAUCCCAGAUGAAAGUUUCCACUGCCAGCACCCCCCGAGCAGGAUGAGCAUCGGAGAGUUAGACCCGUCCAUUGCUGUGGGCUUUUUCUGUAAGACUGAGGAUGACUUCAAUGACUGGUGCCAGCAAGUAAAAAAGUUGUCAUUGCUUGGAGGUGCCCUGCCCAUGUUUGAGCUGGUGGAGCAGCAGCCUUCCCACCUGGCCUGCCCUGACGUCCUGAACCUGUCCUUAGAUUCUUCUGAUGUAGAGCGACUAGAAAGAUUCUUUGACUCAGAAGAUGAGGACUUUGAAAUCUUGUCCCUUUGA